GAGGACGCAAACUCACCACGUAAAACAAAACAGAUGCCUUCACAAAUCAGCGACCAGAGGACGUCAACUAGUUUAGUGUUAGUGCUCCCAGGCGGAGAGAGGAGUCUAUACACUUUGUGUGAAAAGAAGACUGAGAAGAAGAAGAAGCACUCAUAUAAACGACUUUACCUAGACGGCCCUAGUGAUAGUUAGCUCCAAGAUAAAGUUAGUUUGUUCCUUCAAAUCAAAAAGAAGUUUAAAGGAAGACCAACAUUUCUCAGAAGACAGAAGGUCAGCUCACCAGGCGGCAGACAUCGCAAUGGCCCAGGAAACCAAUCAGAGCCCAAUUCCUACACUCUGUGCUAAUGGCUGUGGUUUCUAUGGCAACCCUAGGACUAAUGGCAUGUGCUCUGUGUGCCACAAGGAGCACCUGUCAAGACAGAACAAUGGUGGAGUCAGUACCUUGAGUGUUGUGGGCAACAGCAGUGGCCCCUUAGCAGAGGCUUCUGCCAUCCAGAGGUUAGAGGCCACCUUGAAUAAUGCUGCAGCUGCUGCAGUCGCUCGUGCAGAGGUGGCAGCUGAGGCCGCCGCCUCUGCUGAGGCUGCUGCCAACGAGGCUCUCAGCGGGGUUUCAACUGCCAAUUCUGUAACACAACAGAUGACUGAGAUGAGUCUCUCCUGUGAGGAGAGAGGAGCAUCAGGGGGCAAAGUAGAGCUCACAGAGCCAGUGUUGACUCAGCCCACAUCCUCAGCCUCUCAUCCCUCCACUGCUGGCAGUGACCAGUCCAAAGCCCCAGAGCCCCUCAAACCCAAGAAGGCUCGCUGCUUUAUGUGCCGCAAAAAGGUUGGCCUUACAGGUUUUGACUGCCGCUGUGGGAAUCUGUUCUGUGGACUUCACCGUUACUCCGAUAAGCAUAACUGUCCGUACGACUACAAAGCCGAGGCUGCUGACAAGAUUCGCAAAGAAAACCCCGUGUGUGUCGCUGACAAGAUCCAGAGAAUAUGAAGAGGACUCUCAGUUUGACUUUGAACACUGGGAGCGAUCGGCUUUAAAAAAAAAAAAAAAAAAAAGAAAUGGACUCGAGCCCAACCUUCUUCCUGAAGGACCUGUUUUUUUCCCCUAGUUUGUUACAAAUUCAAGACUUUCCCCCAGUGCAUGAAAGUUCACGUAUAUUUUUCAGCGUUCAUUGUUGUUUUUGUGUGAGUUUAACACUUUUGGAAGGUUGUAUGUGAGGAUGGGGGACGUGACUGAGGGAGAGUGCUGAAGAUGCCGUUUUAGAAGAUGCUGUUGAUGGCCACGCAGGCUGUUUUGUGAUCCUCCCGAGAUCACUUGAACUCUGCCUAGAAAAAGCUCGGACACUUGGGCCUGUUUGGACUCUCAGACUUUUACUGCUGUUGGCUGAUGGCGCCAUCUCAGCCGUGCUUGCUCUCUGCUGGCUUGAGUAGCAAAAUGGUUAUUGUCUUUUUCAGUUCUUGGCCUCCGCUUAACUCUGUGAGGUCAGAGUUUAACCCUCCGGUCUUGUCAGACUUUGCGUCCUGGUAAGUUUUUAUCAACCUGAAAUGCUUCUUUGUGCCGCUGGAAUCUCAUCCACUUUCCCCCACCCCAUCAACACACAGUUCAGACAUAUUGCUAAAGAGACUUUGAAAAAGAGACUUUGUUGCUAGCCCUCUCUUGCUGGCUGGCUCAUAUUCCUUCCCUCCUGCUGUGUGUCCGGCACUGGAAACACAACAUAGUUUGACAGAUUAUUUCAGUUAAUUCUUCUGUUGAUCAUCGGCUGAAUGCUGUGACCCGCUCUGCGCCCGGGAUCUGGAUAGCAGGCACGUCGACAUCCUGCUUUUUAGGUCUUUAAAAUCAUCCACUGAAGUCACAUGACGAUACAAGUCACCUGACUGUUUAACGUUUGUUUCCGUUGUUUUGUUUUCCAAAAAAAAAUUGGUGUGUAUGCCGUGUGAUGUUGUAUGACAAGUAGCCUAAACUUGUAUUAAAUUUUGCCUUUGGAAGGGUUUAGCUCCACUAAUAUUUUCAUCUUUUACUUCACUAUUGAAUGUUUUCCUUUUAUUUUUAAUGUGAGCUGACGAAUUCACAACGUUGGGGAGUGUUAGACAGUUGCAUACUGUGUAUCAAACACAAGUGUGUGUGUGUGUGUGUUUGUGGGAGUAAAUGUGGACGGCGGGUGUAUGAUUAUCGUAUGAGGCGAAGUGGUUGCGUGCCGCGGUGACUUAGACCUGUGGUCGUACGUAGGUUUAUUAAUCAUUUUCCGUAUUUUGAUUUUUGGUCUGGCUGCUUAAUCUGUGUGUUUUUUUGUUUUUUAUCCUUUUAGUUAUGCAAGUUUGUACAAACAUCUUUAUUUAUAUACUGCAGUGCGCGUAAUCUUCCAAUAAUAAAGAAUUAAUUGUAUGAUGUAAAUAAAUUAUGUUCACAAAUAUAAAA